GAUCAAACAAGAUCAGUAAGUUGUCAAAAUAAAAAUGUCGCAAUCAAACACAGAAUUAAACGAUUUAUAUGAAAACUUAAAAAAUGAUUUACGUAAGGAUAAAAUGUACUGGAUCCGAAACGAUGCUAAGUUGAGGGCGGUGGUGACAGCGAAAUCAUAUGAUGAAUUCAGGGAUUACGUGGAUGCGGCCCAUCUAAAGUCCGUGACCAGAGAGGAUGGCAAAAGGAAGGCUUCAACUAGCUGGAACAAAGCAAUUUAAAUUCAAUAAAUUUCUGUAUAUUUGUU